CAUGGAGAGAAAGGAUGCUCCCGGGGCAUUCAAAGAGGAACUUCGGCAAAGAAAGGCACUAGAGACAGUGGACCACGCAGCAUACGAAACACUUUGUACUCUCGUCUCCACGUUUUUCCUCAUCAAAACACCAUGGCUUCAAAGUGUCCUAAGUGCGAGAAGACGGUGUAUUUCGCGGAGAAGGUAACAUCCCUGGGAAAGGACUGGCACAAGCUCUGUCUGAAGUGUGACCGCUGUAACAAGAUCCUGACAACAGGGGGCCACGCUGAGCAUGAUGGAAAACCCUACUGCCACAAGCCAUGCUAUGCUGCUCUCUUCGGACCAAAAGGUGUGGGUGUAGGCGGCUCGUUCAUUUACGACACCCCCGCCAACAACACUUCGGCCCCGGUCCCCGCGAGUGCCCCCAAACCGGUGGAAAAGCUGGCCUCCGUCCCCCCCAAGGGGCCCUCCAAAGCUGGCGGUGUGACCAUCUUUGCGGGAGAGGCAAACAUGUGCCCCAGGUGCAACAAGAAGGUCUACUUUGCGGAGAAGGUGACAUCGCUGGGGAAGGACUGGCAUCGGCCGUGCCUGCGCUGUGAGCGGUGCAGUAAGACGCUCUCUGCUGGAAGCCAUGCAGAGCAUGAUGGACAGCCAUACUGCCACAAGCCCUGCUACGCUGUGCUGUUUGGCCCCAAAGGAGUGAACACCGGUGGGGUCGGCAGCUACAUCUAUGAGGCGGAGCCUAACUCGGCCACCCAGCCCUGAGUCGCCUUCCGCUGCCCCUACCGCCCAAUCAUCAUAGCCGCAUAAGUCACCCUCUCCUUCCCUUUAGGCCAGCACGGCCAAUAAAAAGCCACCUUUUAAAACUGUUAAGAGACCCCUUUGCUUCCUGAUGGUCCUCCAAUCAGUGCUGCGCUAGCUUCAACACUUACAACAACCCUGUUAGCCACUCAAAAGCGUGCACCCCAAACCCUAGCGUACUGUACUUCUCGCCUACUCACAUUCCUUAAACAUGUCCCUUCUCACCGGGAAGGUGUUACGCUAUGUUCUACACAGAUGCUGGAGCUGUUUCCAGGUACCAGCCCCCAGCUGUGGGUUGGCCCACCCUGAAAAACAUGCUCCGUGGGAAUUCACAGCGCUUUCCCGGUGUUACACAGGAUUACAUGGCCUACAUAAUCUCGCAGAAUACCGUAAAUCUCUUCCCCUGGCACAGUGACCUUAUAAGUCCCGAGACACCCUCCCCAAUACAAACGUGUGUAAAAGAAAAUAGGGAGGGGGAGUAGCAGUAUUGUGGUCAAAGGAACCAGCCUAGUAUUAAAUAAACCCUCAGGAGUUUCAUGUUAUAUUUCCUAGCUAAAGGUCAUGCUUUUUUAGGUUCAGUCCUGCUGUUAAUUGUACAGGUUAUGUUCGAAAUGAAACCCGUGUUUUUCCAUUGACUCGUCUGUUUAAUUUCCCCCCCUCAGUCUGCGAAAAGCCAACAUUGGCAGGGCCCACCUUUUUCUUGAGGCUGCUUUCAAUCAAGCACAACUGCCGUCCUGGGGCUACAUUUUGACGUUGGAUCAUUAUUGUCGAUCUCAAUGUGUACUCAGUGUGUGUGUGUGUGUGUGUGUGUCCGUGUGUGUGUGUUUGUGUGUGUGUAUAUGUGUGUGUGUGUGCAUGGAGUCUGCAAUGCAUGCACGUACAGUAAGUACGUGAGCACGUGUCCGCACACUGAGUGACGUACCAGUUUGUGGAAUACACUGUAGCUGGAUAACGAGAUGGAUGAUGUUUGUUUUGCUGAUAAGGCAACUAGGCCUCGUUCUGGUGGAGCUGUCGGAGGAAAAAUGGCUAGAAACGGCCCACCCACAUUUGCAUACCUAACUCCAGACAAAAGCACAGAAAAGAGGGAAAAAAUCCUGAAAACACUAAAAAGACAAAACAUUCUCGAAUGAAUGUGCAGCUAGUUUAAUCAUUUAUGACGACGACCAUGGCAGUAACCUGUUGUUCUUUUUGUAUAGUAAGCUUUUUGAAAGCCAAGUGUAUGUACUGAACUGUACUGUACUGUAUUGUACGUGUUGCUGUCUUUAAUUUCCCUAUUAAAAACCAGUGGAUGAGCAGCACA